AUGGCGUCUGUCACAACCUCCGCACAAGCUGUGGCUAGGAUCGCCUUCCUUGCGAGCGAUGUCAUACUCUCUGUCCAGCCAUCGCUACAAGCGGACUCCAUCUUCUCCGACUCAUUGAAAUUACAGGCUAAGGACCUUGAUCGCAGCGUCUUGUUGAAGGGCACACCAGAGGUCCGCUCUGUUCGUUUCAAUGAAGACCCUCUUCUCUCCGUCUUCCACCCCCUCCAGCAAGGCAAACUAGUCACAGUCACGACAUCCUCUCCUGUACUUCUCAAUUCAAUUCCCCACCUCUACCGACUCGCCAGCUAUCCUAUCGUCUUGCACGUUGCCAUUGAGUCCUCAGACUUCAGCGCCAUCAGCUCAAUUCGCCAAUGCGGAUUCACUUUCCUCCAAUCCGAGACUAUUCAAGAAGCUCAAGACAUUGCCUUGACCGCUCAUGCUUUGGCUCUCAAGUCUGGAAAGGGUGUUAUUCACUUCUUCGAUCCCGCCAACUCCGCCAAAGAUGCUGCCAUCAUCCCCGAAGAUUAUGAGGUUGUCAAGACAGUUUUGGAUCUGGAUGCUAUUCGACCUUCAUACAACCAGUCGGCUGAGAGCCAGACUCUAUAUGCCGACUCUGGACGACUACCGACCGUCUCUGAAGAUACCGUUGGAGCCCCCUCUACAGCUGAGUCCGCGCCAGCUUCAACACUCCCCACUACCGUAGCAUCGUUGAGCCAGGAUGCUUCUUCCGUGGGAUCCUCUCGUCGAGACAGCAGUACUGACAGCCAUGAUGUGAGCUCUGCCGCAACAACUGUGGAUGCCUCCAGUGUGCGCCCUGUCAACUCUGCAGAUAUUUUCAAGUGGUCAUCCGAGAUUUGGGAGACUAUCGCCAAACUCACGAGCAGACAAUACCAGGCAAUUGAGUAUACUGGUCCGCAAGAUGCAAAGUCUGCCAUUUUUAUCUUCGGAUCUACCGGUGUCUUUGUUGAUGCUUUGAGCGAUGCUAGCACUAGCGCUGAUUUGAAGGAGGUUGGGAUUAUUACAGCUCGUCUUUACCGUCCCUGGAUCGGAAGCCAGGUUUCAGGCCAAAUUCCCAAAUCACUCAAGCAGAUUGCUGUCCUAGAGCAAGUGCGAAAGACAACCAGGUGGGGACCAUCAUUCUUGGACUUGCUUUCUAGCUUGUCUUCCGCCCAAGGGCAGUCUCCUCGUCUUGUUGGAUAUCGUCUUGGUCACGUCGAGUCAUCCACCGUCGACCAAGCAUUACGCGGCAUUCUGCAGAAUCUUACUUCUGCGUCACCCAUUCAGAACCUCGAAGUUGGAAGCCACGAAGUGCCCACCACAAAGCAAGACCUGGCCCAGCCCGCUCUUGAAAAUGCCUACACAAAGAUUUUGGAUCAACUUUUUGGUCAGCGAUUGUACGUUGCCAAUCAGCUAGGCGCCAAAAAUGCCGGUAUUUCUGCUACAAUCGCUGCCAGCCCUGAAUAUGGAUUUGGUUCUUUGCUUGCACGAUCUGAGCACCGCGAGCGAUUCAUCGCAGAAGUGGAGGAGGCCGCAAAGUCAGCAGCAUUUGCCACUGAUAGACCAGCACAAUGGCUGUCCAAGUGGGCAUUGAGCGCACGGGAUCCCUCCAAGGUCAAUGCUCUUGCUGAAGAUGUUGUUAGCCGCCUAAAGAUGGACGGCUCCCAAGUAGCAAGCCAGCUUCUUGAAAACCACAAGCUCUUUUUCAAGGAGUCUCAAUGGCUCAUUGGAUCAGAUGCCUGGGCUUAUGACCUUGGCAACUCUGGUGUUCACCACGUUCUCGCUUCCGGUGCUAAUGUGAACAUGCUCAUCAUUGAUUCUCAACCAUACUCCGAGCAUGCUGCUGCUGACCCUACCCGCAGAAAGAAGGACAUUGGUUUGUAUGCUAUGAACUAUGGAAAUGCAUAUGUUGCCUCCGUUGCGGUCUACGGCUCUUAUACACAGGUUCUGCAAGCUAUGGCAGAGGCUGACCAGUACGAUGGACCCUCUGUUGUUGUCGCCUAUUUACCUUACCACAAGGAGAACGAAUCUCCUUUGACUGUCCUUCAAGAGACGAAGAAGGCUGUUGAUAUUGGUUACUGGCCACUUUACCGCUGGAACCCCGGCAACGACGAGAACGGAGAGCCCAAGUUCUCUCUUGACUCUGAGCGUAUCAAACGCGAACUUGAAGAGUUCCUUCGCCGUGAUAACCAGCUUACUCAGCUUAUGAGACGUCACCCCAAGUUUGCCAACAACCUUUCUGAGUCUUACGGAACCGAGGUUCGUGCACUUCAGAAGCGCAAAGCCAAGGAUUCGUAUGAGAAGCUCUUGGAAGGACUUUUUGGCGCUCCUCUUACCAUUCUCUACGCUUCCGACAACGGCAACGCUACCAACAUUGCUAAGCGAUUGGGCAAUCGCGGACGUCUCCGAGGUCUCAAGACCUUGGUUAUGGCCAUGGACGAUUAUCCUAUCGAGGAUCUUGCUUCGGAGGAGAACAUUGUGCUUAUCUCGAGUACCGCAGGUCAAGGAGAGUUCCCUCAGAAUGGCCGCGCAUUCUGGGAAGUUGUCAAGAGCUCUGGCGAUCUCGACCUUUCUUCUGUCAAGUACUCUGUUUUCGGUCUGGGUGAUAGCCAUUACUGGCCUCGCAAGGAAGACAGAAUCUAUUACAAUAAGCCUGCAAAGGAUCUUGAUGCUCGUAUCUCUUUCUUGGGUGCUAGUAAACUUACUGAUAUCGGUUUGGGUGAUGACCAAGACCCGGAUGCUUUCCAGACUGGUUACGCCGAGUGGGAGCCCCGUUUGUGGCAAGCUCUAGGAGUCGACAAGGUUGAGGGUCUGGCUGAUGAGCCUCCCCCAUUGACCAACGAGGAUAUCAAGAUUGCCUCCAACUACCUUAGAGGUACAAUUGUCGAGGGACUUUUGGAUGAGAGUACUGGUGCUAUUAAUGCCAGUGAUUCACAACUCACCAAGUUCCAUGGAACCUAUAUGCAGGAUGACCGUGAUUUGCGUGACGAGCGCAAGGCACAAGGUCUUGAGCCUGCCUAUUCUUUCAUGAUUCGUUGUCGACUUCCUGGUGGCGUUGCUACACCUCAGCAAUGGUUGCAAAUGGAUGAAAUCAGCAGUGCACAUGGUAAUGAGACUAUGAAGCUUACCACAAGACAAACGUUCCAGUUCCAUGGUGUCAUCAAGAGCAAGCUUCGCCCAGCCAUGCGUGCCAUUAACAAAGCACUGAUGACAACACUUGCUGCUUGCGGAGAUGUCAACCGUAAUGUCAUGUGCAGUUCUCUUCCUGAGCUUUCCGGAUACCACCGCGAAGUGUAUGCCGUCUCACAGAAGAUUUCCGACCACUUGCUUCCCACAACCACUGCGUACCACGAGAUCUGGCUGAAGGAUGAUGAUGACAAGAAGGUUCUCGUCGCUGGAGACGCCGUCCAAGAUUAUGAACCUAUGUACGGUCCUACUUAUCUUCCUCGUAAAUUCAAGAUCACGAUCGCUAUUCCUCCCCACAACGACACCGAUGUCUACGCUCACGAUAUCGGUCUCAUUGCUAUCAAGGGCUCUGAUGGCCAUCUUGAAGGGUUUAACAUGAUCGUUGGUGGUGGUAUGGGUGUGACACACAACAACAAAAAGACGUACCCCCGAACUGGUUCCAUGUUCGGUUUCGUCCCAGCUGAUAAAGCACACAUUUUCUGCGAGAAAGUUAUGCUUGUUCAGCGUGACCACGGUGACCGCAAAAAUCGAAAGCAUGCUCGUCUCAAGUACACCAUCGACGACAUGGGCAUCGAGGUCUUCAAGGGCAAAGUCGAAGAGAUCAUGCCUGAGGGUCUUCGCUUCGCUGAGCCACGCCCGUUCAAAUUUGUGUCCAACAUUGACACUUUCGGCUGGCAAAAGGAUGAGAAGGGUUUGAACCACUUCACUUUCUUCAUUGAGAAUGGUCGUAUUGAGGAUACCGCCGAGUUCCCCAUGCGAACUGGUCUGCGAGAACUCGCCAAGCUCAGCAAGGGUGAAUUCCGUUUGACUGGUAACCAGCACGUCAUUCUGUCAAACAUCGAGGACUCCGACCUUCCCGAGAUCAAGGCUCUGCUGGCCAAAUAUAAGCUUGACAACACCGCAUUCAGUGGUCUGCGUCUUUCGUCUUCUGCAUGUGUCGCUUUUCCCACCUGUGGUCUUGCCAUGGCCGAGUCUGAGCGCUAUCUGCCUGUUCUUAUCGACAAGCUCGAGUCCACUCUCGAAGAGAACGGCUUGUCCAAGGAAAGCAUUGUCAUGCGAAUGACCGGUUGCCCUAACGGCUGCGCUCGUCCCUGGCUCGCUGAGGUUGCCUUUGUCGGUAAAGCCUAUGGUGCUUACAACAUGUACCUCGGUGGUGGAUACCACGGCCAGCGCUUAAACAAGCUCUACCGCUCAUCAAUCAAGGAGGACGAGAUUUUGGAAAUCAUGAAGGAUCUUUUCAAACGGUACUCGCUUGAGCGCAAGACUGAUGGCGAGACACCUGAGCGUUUCGGAGACUGGUGUAUUCGCGCCGGAGUUAUCAACGAGACCACCGAGGGCAAAUACUUCCAUGACAACACUGCCGAAGAAGAAGAUGAAGAGUAA